AUGAAUUCAUCUAUGACAAAUUCUACCUACGACAGUCUGACCAAAAUAUCUACACUUAACAGCAAGGUCAAUGAUUCUCUGAUUUUGAUUUACUUAACCUUAAUGUGUGUUUCUUAUUUAUUUUUCUUGUACUUCCUCACCGUCAUUCUGACUGUCUUCUUCUCCACCGUUCAAAUCCGAGAGAACCCUCGCUAUUUGCUUUUUGUUCACAUGCUUGUCACUGAUACAAUAUAUCUUACUUUGGGCAUUUUUCUCUCAUUGUCAACACUCUAUGUCCCACUGUACAUCCCAGUGCCGAUCUGCUAUAUUUUAAUCAUCACGCUAUCAACAGCCUUCAAGGUGACCCCAUACAACCUUGCAGUCAUGGCUCUGGAACGCUACGUGGCCAUAUGUUUCCCACUAAGACACGGGGAGCUGUGUACAAGACAUAACUCAGUGGUUGCUAUUGCAGUGAUAUGGGUUAUUGGCUUUAUUCCAAACAUUGUAGAUUUUGCAAUAAUGAUUUCUAAUCAAAAGCCAAAUUUUUUCUCUCUUAGAUUCAAAUGUUCCAAGACAAUAUUUAUAAAUGUUCCAGAGCAGGACAUCAUGCGAAAUGUCACUAAUGUCCUGAGCUUUGUACUUGUAGGGCUGGUAAUGGUUUUCACAUAUAUCCAGAUUAUGCUCAUUGCUCUAAACUUUGGCUCAAAAAAUUCAUUGGCUUCUAAAGCUGGGAAAACCAUUAUGCUCCACGCCUUACAGCUCCUUUUAUGCAUGACUGCCUUCAGCCACAACAUUACAGAGGUGUACUUUAAAGAAUAUCUUCUUGCUAUGGCCAGAAUCAACUUCCUUUUCUUCAUGUGCCUACCCCGGUCCCUCAGCCCCCUGAUUUAUGGACUGAGAGAUGAAAUGCUCCGUAAUUAUAUCAAAAAGUUUGUUCUCUGUUAUCGUUUAAAAGUAUCACCAAUUGUAAAUUGA